AUGCUAUUUGUUAUAUUAGCACACCAUUUGAUAACCACAUCACUAUGUCUGGCUGAGAGGACAUUAGAUAAUCUGGAGCAAAGAUCAUCAGCCUUAAUUGAGCAAGAGAACUUUAUUGAAGAUGCCAUAAUAAACAUUGCCGAAGAUUAUGGCCAAUACACAUCAUACAUGGCCAAACACAAUAUGGAAUUUCCGCAAGCACUUAUGCAAUUUUAUGUUUACAUGACUGCAGAAACAGAUUCUGACUUCCCAACAUCUCUAUUUGCAUCUCAGUUUCCAUUCACUGACUUCUAUACCUACAUUACAGCUUUCCCAUGGUAUACCUCACUUUUAGAGGAAGCAGGUGCAACCACGUUUUAUCUUCCCGAGCACUAUGCCACGGUUCCGGAAACAACGUCUAGUGAAACAUCUAGUGAAUCUUCAACAUCAGUUACAUCAUCUCCAAGCCCGACUUCACAAAGUAAUGCAAGUGAAACAUUCAGAAGCACAUCCACCUUUAAAUCCACCACUACAGUUAGUACUGGAAGUUCUUCAUCCAAAAGUGUUGCGACAAGUACUGAGAGCCAGACUUCAAAUGGUGCUUCAUUGCUUAAGGUUCCAUGUCUUCUUUUCACACUUUUAGUUGCCCUUUUAUAUUAA